AUGCCCACGACUGUUAGGCCUGCAUUCCGAACUACCCUGAUAGAUGAAGUGCUCACUUUUGAACCUCCAACUGGCCCUCCUGUAUUUUCUACGUUGAUGCGCAUAACCAGCACCACUCCUGUUACAUCAAUAUCCAAACUUAAUGACGGAGAAGUCAAACACAAAGCAAGCAAACUUAGAAGGAAGUUCGGCCCAAUGCGUGGACAAAAAACGAGAGGAGAGCUGAAGAGGAGAAUAGCCGGAGAUUUUCUAGAGUUCGAGGAACAGCAUAAAGAUGGCUUGUCUUCACUCGUCAUACAGGCCCCAGCAGCGUCAUCCACGAUAUUGGUAUUCAACUGCAGCGGCGACGUUCGCAAGGUCGAGAUCCACUACUCGGUGCCAGCUGAGAAUUCAGCUGGUUCAUCCGUGCAACGAAUACGCCAGCCCAUCUGGUCAGUGGCUUUCCUCGAGGACGUUGUGCUUCGCGAGGGGUCUAUUCCAGAGUUCUCAGUGUCCUCUGUUGUCUGUCCUUCUUAUCAUAUGACCAGCCCGUCGAUGUUCGUGUUCCGCUGGAUCGCGAAGACGAGACAUUGA